AGAACUGGUUCCGGUAUCUUAGUAGGUCGUCAGGAGGGCCGACAUUUUGUUAGCUUCUUAGCAAAAUAAACUGUCGAGGGCAGUGGUUAGGGCAACUUGGUUGCCAUCAAAGUUGCUCUCUGUCGCCUGGCAGUCAAAGGUUUGAAUCAUGUGGUAUGAAAUCUUGCCUGGCUUCGCCAUCAUGACGGUUUGUCUGAUCAUUCCUGGCGUCGCCACCGCUCAGAUUCACAAGUUCACCAACGGAGGAAAGGAAAAGAGACUCGCUCGGGUUCCGUGGCACUGGUAUCUGAUGCAGAGGGACAAGAGAAUAUCAGGCACAGGGAAACAUUACGACUCCAAGGGGCUGGAGAACAUCCACUGAUGAUCAAAUCUGAAGACACCGAUGAGAGAGUUCUUUUAUUGUACAUCAGAUUCUAUUUAACAUUCAGCUGUUUGUUUUCACAGCCUCUUAAGGCAGAUGUGUCCCUGUUGUCAAAUAAACUGUUCCAUACUGGAAA